GUUGCUCACGUCACGUAGCUGAUACUCUACAAGGACGAAAACACCAUGACCGUGUUUUGUGAUUGAAAUUUUACCCCAGCAGCUCUAAUAGGCUGUUACCCUGUCUCUGUGAUAAUAAUAUUCUAUAUAAAAAUACUUCCAGAAAGAGACCACAUAUAUCUCAUCACAUAUGGACCUUAACCUUGCUAAAGCUGGGGUCAACUCUCCUUGUGCAUAGUCGAGCAUGAAGGAAACUGGAUCAGCUGCAAGUCUAAAAGCUGCCCAAGAAGCAGCUGCAAAGGUGAAUGCCAUGUUGGUUGCCUCCGGUCAGUUAAAGCUCUCUGAGCUUCACAAGAGCCGGACAAAGAACAACAAAUCAAAUGACCUCUUCAUUGAAGAAGUGAUCAUUAAUGAAGCUCCCAUGAGUGCCAGGAACUUCCUCACACGGUCAUCUACUCAAGAGGAAAUUAGCAAGAUGUCUGGGGCAGCUGUGUCUACACGAGGACGGUACAUGAAUCAGGAAGAGCUCAAGAACCCCAGUAAAAGUCCUGGUGACCGUCCAUUGUAUCUACACAUCCAGGCUGUUAACCAACAGGAUGUAAAAGUGGCAGUUGGCCGUAUAAUGCACAUAAUCAUGGAACACAGCCAUCGUAAAGGCCAUGGCAUGCAACGGCCAAGGGGACCAAGACCUAAUCCUGCUCCUGGGCUAAUGGGACCCAGGCCUGGCAGUGGUCCUCGGGGGCCUCGACCACUUGUUUUUCGACCACCAAGACCUGACAUGUCAGCGCCACCACCUCAGACACAGCCGCCUCCUCCACUGACUAAUAUAUUCAGAGAGAAAAUUUUUCUCCCAGUAAAUAUUGGUCUUAACCCUACCGAUAUUCGAGCUCGUCUUCUUGGUGAAAGUGGCAUGAAUCUACGCUAUAUACAAGAAGAAACAGCAGUAGCCCUAUCAAUUAGAGGAAUUGGCUCUGGUUUUCAUGAACAUGGAACAGGCCAGGAGGCACAGGACUCUCUUCAUUUUUAUUUGGAGCAUGAUAAUCAAGACCAAUUCAACCAAGCUAAGGAUCUGGUGGUGAAUCUAGCUCAAACUGUUAUUGCUGAGGUACAGCAGGAACUACAACAGCAGCAGCAACAACACCAACAGCAGCAGCAUCAACAGCUGCAGCAACCUGCUCCUAUAUUUAGUCAACCUCCUCCACAACAACCAGAUGUAGCAUUAGGUGGGGGAAUUGGACAGCCUCACAUCACACAAGUCCAAGUGGCCCCUCACCAAAUGACUGCUCCACCAGCACCACCUCCACAGAUGGUACACUCCCAGAUGGUGCCACCUCAGGUGCCACAUUCGCAGAUGGUACCCCCACAUGUUGGACAUCAAAUGGCUCCCCAAGUUCCCCUUCAGGGUCAAGUGGGUGGACCUCAAGUGAAUACAAAUGUCUUACACACAGUUUUAGCCCCACAUCUGCAACCUGGUGGAGCAGCUGUUUCUCAGGAGGUUAUGCCACAGCAAGAGGUGAUACAAGCUACUGUUGUCUCUCUACCCCAGCAAGUAGUUCAUCUUACUGCACCACCAGUGGUCUCAAGUUCUGCAGCAGUGGCAAACCAACAGCUGGUACAUACAUCGUCUGGCACCCAACUGGUAACAUUGCCCCCUGGCACACAAAUUAUUAACACUCCUGAAGGUCCACGUUUGGUGGCCCUUGCAACUGGCACACAGGUUGCUGCUCCUGUAGCAAACGUGUCUACAAAUCAUCAGGCACACCCAAAUGCCUUGCACGAUCCACAAGGAGUGCCAAAUCCAAUGGUGCAGCAACAGCAAGCACCUCAAUCCUUAGCAGUGUCUGUUGGAAAUAAUCACAUAUCUAUGAAUCAGACACCAAUUCUCAGUGAUGUCUCAGCUGCACAAACUAGUAUGGCACGCUCAAUAGGACUUAGUAAUUCAUAUUCAUUGUCUUCAAAUACUAUCAGUACAUCGAGUCCUCUUACAAGUGUGACACCUCAUGGUACUCCUGACAAUCCUUAUCCACCCACGGUAAAUGCAUCUAUACCCCCACCAAGUACUAGUAUGGCUCUAGGAGUACCACCACCUACACCUGGACUUGGAUUACCCCCAGCUGUAACGGCUCAUGCGGGAACAGUGUCUUUCAUACUAACACCAGGAGUGAAUACUAUGACUACCACUUCUGGUGUAGGCCUUCUUGUUCCACAAGAUCCAAAUGUUGCCUCAGGUCAGAUGCAUGUGACACAGCCAGUUGUUGUAACAGGUGUGUUGCCUACCUCACAGCAGCAACAACAACAGCAACAUCCCCAACAAGCCUCUCAGGCAGGUGGUCCGUCUUCUUUCUUAGGCCCUGUACCUGGUCAACCAAUAGGUCCAUCAGGCUAUUCUGCCACUCAGCCUGCUGUUGAACAGUCAGUUAGCUCUGCAUACAUGCCAUCAGAUCAAGCUGGUCAUGGCUAUAAUACUGGCCCACCCAUAACUAGUACAGCUACACACCAUUAUUCCCAAGUCCAGCCACAGCAACAACAGAGGCCUGUAGGUGUUGGCUAUGCUCCUGUUGGUAUGACAGGUGAAGCAGCACCUCCAAGGAUGGACUACCCAGGACCUGGGGGCCCAGGAGUUAUACCUGCCCACCUUCCAAUGAACCACCUGCAGCCCCGCCAUCAAGUUAGGUCAAGCUGGGGCGUGUGGGCUACUGCAGCACCGGAGCUUGGAGUUGCGGCUACCGAAAAUACAGCAUGCCAACACAGGAUGAUGGACGUAUUCUCAGUUAAUGGAUCAUGGGGACAGAAACUAGAUCAGCCUCAGCAACACCUACAUCCACCCUCUAAUUAUUACACUAACCGGCCUAAUCACCAGGAGCAUAGACCAGUAUCUCUGGAACAACAAUGGCAACAGUUUCAACAGCAAGUGAAGAUGGAAGGUGGACAACAACAGUAUGACCCUUAUUCAGCAACUGAUGAGGGUGAACACCAAGACACAGCAAGACAGCCACAGGCAGUUCACUCAAGUAUCCCAGCUUCGCAGCAACAACCACCCACUUCACAAUCACAGUCGCAGCAGUCAUCACAACUACCAGGGCAACAGCCACCACAACCAUAUGGUAAUUUUGGGGACCAACAAAGUCAGCAACAACAACCAGGAGAGACCAGGGAAUGCGAAAAUCGAUCACCAGGAACCCUCAUCAAAGGAGAGGUAAAGUCAACAGAAACAGCAAGUCCACAUAAUUCUUACACAUAUUACUAUGGGGGACAACACAACACAGGACCCCAGAUGCAGAGGACUGGACAACCAUCUCCAGAAAGAUCAGAGCACCUUUCACAACCUCAUGGUGAUCACCGUUAUCAAACACAACAGGCUAACAGUCAUUCAGAAGCCCCUCAGUCUUCACCUAGCCAACAACAGAGAAGUUCCCCUCAAGGACAAAAUUUUCAGGGACAGACCCAGCCAGGACAGCUUCAGCAGCAGUACCACCAGGGACAGUAUCAGGGGCAAAUGCAUUCACAAGAUCAGUCACCUCAGAAAAAUCCCGAAGGAGGAUUGCCAGAAGAACAGUAUCAUGCCAACAAACCAACGGAAGUACCAUCAUCAGUUUAUCAACAGAUAACACAUCAGCCAGCACAGUAUCAUCAUGGACCACCCCAGGAAGGACUUCCUAAGCUUGUAGCUUCCAGUGAUCCUCAUUACCACCAUGGUGCACCUCAGCAUAAUCCACCCCAACAAGGACCUAUCCCUCAAGGACCUCCUCAGCAGAUACCUCCACAGCAAGUUCUGACUCAAGGUCUGGCUGAUGCACAGUAUCAGCAAGGACCACCACCUCUUCAACAGCCACAGCAGAACCAGCAGUAUCCUCCAGGCCAGUAUCCUCCUGGAGGGCAGUACCCUUGGGCUCAGUAUCCCCAACCAACAAGUGGUCCUGGACCAUUUCCUUCAGGUCCUGCUACAUUUGGAAAUGGACCAGGCCCUUACCCCAAUGGCCCAGGCCCUUUUAAUGGACCUGGGGGACUGAGUGCUUCCACCCCAUAUACUCCUGUAGGACCAGGAGGAUCUGGUCCUUACCAGAGUGGAACAAGCGGACCAAGUCCCUACACUCCUGGACCAAAUGGACCAGGUGGAAUAAACCCAUACCCUAGUGGACCAGGCCCAGCUGAUGACAGACCCCCAGUACUUCAGGACAAGAAAGCAGAACCAGGGGUGGCCAGAGAUAUGACUGCAUCCCUGCUGAUGCCACCACCACCCCCUCCCCCUCCGACCGAGGCCCUCCAGGGUGCUGGGGGUACUGCAAGAGGGCGGGAGGAAACCCCAGAGCCCAGCAUGAAGAGACAAAGAUCAUGUAGCCCGCAAGAUGAAAGAAAGGCAGCAAGAAGAUCAAAUGGAGAAUCAGAUGAUUCAGCAACACAUGAAGGCAGUGGGCCGGCCAGAUCAAGUGGACCAGAUGCUGCUACAUCAGAUGGCUCAUGUGGACCAUUCUCUGGCCCUGGGAAUUUUCAAGGUGGACCAGGCAGUUUUCCUGGUGGUGGCGCUAACUUCUCUGGUGCCCCAGGUGGAUUCCCAAGUGGUCCUGGAUCAUACAUGGGCCCAGGAGGGCCCUGGGGUUGGGGACCAAUGCCUGGACCAUAUUCUGGCAUGCCAAUAGGGCCAAACCCUUUCAAUAGACCACCAGGCAGUGGUAUGGCCAACCCACAGGCUCCAUACAGUAGAAGUUUACGAGACCGAUCUGAUGGAGAGGAUAGUGGCAGUGGGAAUCGGCGGGGUGGAAGAGGAGGUGGAGGCAGAGGAGGGUUCAGUAUGGGAGGUCGGGGUGGGAGGGAUCGACGCUGGUGAGCUGAUCAGUGUAUAAUAUUUUUAAUAUUUGUUUGUGUAUAUAUGAAGUGAGUCACAGUGCAUUUCUCUUUCUGUUAUGUUUAUUUAUGUAAAAGCACACAUUUCAAAAAAGUGUGUUUUGUUAUUCAUUACACAAUUCUUUUUAUGUGUGAUUUAAAACAGUAUUUAAUAACAAUAAUGUCCAGUGCUAAGUAGUAUUCUGUACUGGAAUAAAUCUCAAGGAGUAUGCAAAAUGCUAGGAUAUGGAAGAAUAUUUGCUUUAAAAAGCAUCAUACUGUAUCAAGAUAUUACAGUAUAUUGUAAAUAUAUGGUAGUGGAGUAAUAAGAAUGGCCUUAAUCUGCUGACCUCAUAAGCAUGAGGUAAGCACAUUACAACUGCACUAUGAUGCCAACAUUACAAGAUAGGAGCAGUGAUAAUGUACUUGCCACAUGCAAGUGGGACUGACAGAUCUAGGGCUACGCAACACCUUCCUCCUCAUAUUGUUACAUUCAUGAUAGUUUGAAAGUUUAGUUUGUAAAUUUUAUUUGUCUGGAUAACUAUUUUUGGUGGAGGUUGAGAGAUUUAGCUAAAAAUUUAUUCAGAAGUCAUAAUGACACGAUUGUAAACAAACCAUACCACUGGCGGGGAUAGAACCCACGAUCAUUGUCAUAAAACUCAAGACCAACACGCAUCAGUCUGGAGUUUUAUGAUUCUUUGAUUGCGGGUUCUAUCCCUGCCCAAGGUAUGGUUUAUUCAGGUCAAAAAAUUUGAACACUGGCCUUAAAUAAUUUAACCUGAGAAUUAGUCAAACUUGUGAGUUUCUGUACAUAACAGUAUAUUUCAUAAUCAUGGAAAAGCACUAAACCUGUAAGGGUCAUAUGAGGUGUUGUGUAUCAGAAAAAAAAUUAAUGCCACCAUUGCCAAAAUCUAGGUUAGUGAACAAAUUAAUUCCUUAAUGUGUUGAUAUUGUUUCCUGCAUCUGUAAGUUAGGCUCAGAGUCCCAUAAUAGUAUGGUAACUGAGCUUCCUAGCUAUGCACUCCACAAAGCCUGCAUUUUUCUCCAUUGUUUGAAUUUGGUGCUUAUUCUUUUCUGCUGUGCAACACUUCAUACAGUAUGUACAUAACAGUAUCCCUAGGAAAAAAACACUAUAAUGAGAACAAUGUGUGAUGUAACAUGUAAAUAAUGAACCUCUAAGCAUAUGGCUGUGGACUAGUGAUUAUUAUGCAUACAGCAAAACGUUACAACAUUGCUCAAUAAUGAAUAGUUAAAAACUCUAGUACCGUAUGGUACAGUACAAUUGAGGGGUAUAAAUGGUUUCUUAGUGCUUAUUAAAGUGUGUAUGGACGAUAUUGUAAAAUAAAAUUACAUUUCAUAGUUAUUUGUUAAUGUCUGCUCAAAGGCAUUUGAGCGCCACCAAAUGAUGUUGUUAUAUAUAAACGGUGUAAAUGCAAAGCCUUAUACAAAAUAGAUAAUUUAUUAGUUU